AUGGCAUCUAAGGAGCUCCCAGCACGCCUGAGGGAAAGUAUCGAGAGCACCAAGGUCGAGUACCGCCAGCUCGGAAAGUCCGGAUUGCGUGUCUCAGUUCCCAUUUUUGGCUGUAUGAGUUUUGGAGACUCUCAGUCCAUCGACUGGGCUCUGAAUGAGGAUGAGGCACUUCCGCUUCUGAAGGCGGCUUACGAUCGGGGAUUGAAUACUUGGGAUACCGCCAACGCAUACUCGAAUGGCGCAUCCGAGCGGACGAUUGCCAAGGCCCUGAAGAAAUACAACAUCCCCCGCGAGAAGGUGGUCAUUUUGACCAAGUGUUUCUUUGCUGUCGGUGAAGAGCCUGAGACUCGUCACUUCAACUACCGCGAGGAAAUCAACAAAUCGAAGGACUACCAAAACCAGUGGGGUUUGUCUAGAGCUUCUAUCUUCAACCAGGUGGAGGCGUCCAUGAAGAGACUGGACACUCCGUACAUCGAUCUUCUCCAGAUCCACAGAUUUGACCCCAGAACACCCGUAGAAGAAACGAUGAAGGCGCUGCACGACUUGGUGCAGACGGGGAAGGUUCGGUACAUCGGUGCCAGCAGCAUGUGGGGUACUCAAUUUGCCCAGAUGCAGUUCACCGCUGAGAAGAAUGGUUGGACGAAGUUCGUGAGCAUGCAAAAUCAAUACAAUCUAUUGUAUCGCGAAGAAGAAAGGGAGAUGAACCGAUUCUGUAACGACACUGGAGUCGGACUCAUUCCGUGGGCUCCUCUCUGCCGUGGUCACCUAGCCCGACCACCAAAGGACUUCGGCUCCACCUCUCGCAGCAAGACCGAGAAGGAGGGUCAGCCCGGAAGCCAUGGAACGGUGGAGCCGGACCUGACCAUCAUCAAGCGAGUUCAGGAGAUUGCGGAGAAGCGGGACUGGCCCAUGUCCCAUGUGGCUCUUGCAUGGAUCAACAAACGAAUUACGAGCCCCAUUAUCGGCUUCAGUAGCGUCGAGAGAAUCGACCAAGCAAUCACUGCUGACGGCAAGGUCCUAACCGAUGAGGAGGAGAAGUACCUUGAAGAACUGUACCAACCCAAGGCCAUCUCGGGACAUGUCUAA